CUAAACAUCUGUGUGGUAACAUAACAACAAGAUAGGACUGACUGUUUUAAUUAAAUAAAAUUUAUUAUUUUAUCAAUGGAAAGCAGGUUUAGGCUAACACUUGCAUAGUGCUUCUGAAGUUUACUGUUCUAUGCAUAUAAUUUUAAAUUGUUUUGCUCAAAAAGUCUUUAAUAAAAACCGUUGAAUAACAAAUGGAGGCUGAACUUUUACCAGCAGGUGUAGCUAUUAACCCUGAGAUAGCACCAGUGACCCCAGAAAGUUCACAACAUAAUUUCAUCAAUGCUUUAGUAGCAGGCGGUGUUGCUGGCAUGGUAGUGGAUAUCGCCUUAUUUCCCAUAGACACAGUAAAAACUCGCCUGCAAAGUGAACGUGGUUUUUGGCGAUCCGGUGGUUUUAAGGGCAUCUACAAAGGCUUAGCCCCAGCAGCAGCGGGUAGUGCACCAACGGCUGCUCUCUUUUUUUGUGCCUAUGAAAAUUUUAAGCGUCUUUUUUGUAAUUUGUCUGGAUGUACAAAAAAUUCCCCCUUUAUACACAUGGCCUCAGCUUCUAGUGCAGAAGUGUUAGCUUGCCUUAUACGAGUACCUGUAGAAAUAGCCAAACAACGACGCCAAACUUUGGGUAAUAAAUCACAGCAAGGAGCUUUGCAAAUCCUAUGGACAGCUUACAAAACCGAAGGUUUGCGAAGAGGUCUCUAUCGUGGUUUUGGCUCGACAAUAAUGCGUGAGAUACCAUUUAGCCUAAUACAAUUUCCUUUAUGGGAAUUCUUCAAAUUGCAAUGGCAACCGGUGACAGGUCUCGAUUCCACACCAUUUACUGUGGCAUUGUGUGGCGCUGUAGCCGGUGGUAUAUCAGCUGGACUGACCACCCCAUUAGAUGUAGUGAAAACACGAAUUAUGCUGGCCGAACAAAAUAGUGCAAUACGUAAAUUAUCAAUACCAAAAGUUUUGGGUUCCAUAUACAGGGAAAAGGGAUUGGGAGGUUUAUUUGCCGGUUUUGUUCCCCGCGUAAUGUGGAUCACCUUGGGCGGUGCCUUUUUCUUUGGCUUUUACGAUCUGACUACAAGAAUGCUUGCUGACGAGAAUUUAAAAACUUCACAAUGAAAAUUUUCAAAAAGCAUCAAUAAAAGUUUUUUGUUAAGUUUCAAAAUUU